CCCAAACCAACAUGUACAGAUUUUUUUUCUUCCUUGACAAUAACAUUUUUCUUUUACUUCUAAGCUUCACACACAAAAAAAUCAAAGGAACAAUACCAACAUUUUUUUACAUAUCACCAUGGAUAACAACAACAAUGACAUUGGUACUGACAGUAGUAGUCACGUUGGAUCAUUAAUCAACAGCGAUUCGGUGCUUUCUGGAUUAGAUCAGCAGGUUUUGCGCGAAUGGAUCUCAAAAUGGACGUUCCACAACCACGAGUUCAGCGCACUCGCACAGCCACUGAUUCGCGGCUGUCCACACCUGCGGUUAUCCACACUAUCAUAUCAGGACAUGCGCGAGACUCCGCUGCAGAUGCCCGCGAUGGAAGUGGUCAUAGCCGGGGCGCAAUACUACAAGAAAGCACAUCACCACCACCACCACUCAGAGAAAAAUCAUGUGGCGGAUUACGCCGAGUGUCUACGGUUGCUGAGCAUGUGGGGCGUGGACGUGGAUCAAGUGGAUGUCGGCGGGUUCACGGCGUUUAUGCGUGCGGCUCAGGGUGAGGCCGGAUUGGAGCUGGCUGCGGUGCUUCUGGAUUUGGGAGCAAACGUCGAUCAUCGGUCGAGAUUCGGCGGCGUCGCAUUGCAUGAGGCAUUGAUGGCGAGGGAUCGCCGCGCUGUGGCGUUUUUAAGAAGGCAGGGUGGGUCGCUGGAUAUUUGCGAUUACGAUGGGGUUUCGCCUAGGGAUAUCCCCGAGUCCGGGUCCGAGCCCGAGUGCGACUCGGAGUCAGAGGACGCAGGUGCCGACGUCAUCCAGUUCCACCCAGCAUUCACGUACGCGAUCUACGGUGAGCACGAGCGGGUAUUCGGGUACAAGAAUCUGCGCAUCAAUCUCUGCUACGCCAGCGGCUCCCUAGCAACUUUUCUCUGGGCGGAUCACGGCAGGUGCAUCACAGACAUGGAGACGUCAAUGGCAGUGUCGCUCAAGGCCGACGACGUCAUAACGCCCCUACGCGCAGUGCUCAGCGAAAACGCGCUCUGCGGUAGCAAGGAGGAGUUUGCUGCGCAGGUGGCGCGAGACACGGCAGGGUUCCGGCCAUUUGGGCGCAAGGUGUGGGAGGGCGACCUCCGCGACGAUGCGUUCCGGGAGUACCACCGGCGGCUGCAGACCUUGUGCCUGCUGUAUAUCGAGGGCGCACAGUUCAUUGAUGACGCGAUGAGCGGUGGCGGGUAUUCGUGGCGUUUGAGCGGGCGGUGGUCAAUGCAGAAGCGGCCGCGGAUCUCGCAGUUUCUGGUGCUGCCGCCGUUCCAGGCGCAGGGCCACGGGUCAGAGCUGUACCGCUUUGUGCACGCGUGUGUGCGCGCAUCGCCGGAGUACGUCGAAUUGGCCGUUGAGGAUCCCAGCGAGGCCUUUGACGACAUGCGUGACCGCAACGAUAUGCGCUUUCUUCUGGACCAGGGUGCGCAGAUGGACUGGACUGUGCCGAGGACCAGGGUGCAGCCCCAGGCAGAUGACGCGGUGCUGGAGAUCGGCGCGCUGAAGCGGCUCGACAAGACUGACGCAGAGGCGUACCGCCGGUUCAGGCUGUUCGUCAAGCGGAGGAUUUACGCGCAGAACACGGAUGCGAUGGCUGGCAUGGAUGCUGAGGAGCGCAAGAAACGCGUCAAUGACUCUUUCGAGUCGGUGGUCGAAGACUACCACCGCAUUCUUAGCCUGCUCUAA